UGCUCGUAGAUUCUCUGAAGGAUAGAAAAGUCGCAGUUCUCAGUGGGCGUUAGUACCGUCUCUCCGUUAGCGUCCGUAACGUGAUUUAUUCACGUUUAUGUCAGUGUUUGAGUGCGGUUCAGAAGCGACGGAGAUUCUGCAGAACAGAAUAAUAUAAAUUAUCUCCAUAUAGAUCAGCUUUAUUAAUUCAGCUCUACAACAACGUGCAGAACAUGCUUUUGUUCUUUCUAUUCUUAUUGUUAGAGGACGGUGUGUCUGGUGCAGAGACGGAUGAAACCGUGAUGGAGGGAGAUUCUGUCACUCUACACACUGAUAUUACUGAAAUACAAAACGAUGAUACGAUACUGUGGCUGUUUGGACCUAGAGACUCUGUCAUAUCUCAAAUAGCAAGAAAGGCAGAUUUGACUUCAUUUUUUGUCACUGAUGAUGCUGGAUUCAGAGGCAGAUUGCAGGUGGACCAAAAGACUGGAUCUCUGACCAUCAGAAACACCAGAAUCAGACACUCAGGACGAUAUAAACUAACCGUCUCUAGAGAAAAGACUACGACGAAAAUAUUUAAUGUUACUGUCUUUGCGGUGGCUGGUGAGACGGAUGGAGUGAAGUCAGAGUCAGUGAUGGAGGGAAAGUCUGUCACUCUACAGAAUAAUGUUGAAGUCCAGAGAGAUGAUCUAAUAGUGUGGAAGUUUGGAGAUAAAGGCAUCCUCCUGGCUAAAAUCGAUCUGGAAACUAAAGAGAUCUCAUUAAACGAUGCUGAUGAGAGAUUCAGAGACAAACUGCAGCUGAACCAGAAUGGCUCUCUGAUUAUCAAGAAGACCAAAACCGAACACACUGGACUUUAUGAGCUACAGAUCCGAGGCCGUGAAAGCGAUCAGCGUUUCCUUCUUUCUGUGACUGCUGUUGCAGGUCCACGUCUGUCUCCAGGUGUUUUAGCAGGGAUUGUUGUUGCUGCUCUGCUUGUGGCGGCAGUUCUGGUCUCUGUUGUGAUUUACUAUCACCGCAAGAUCUCUAAACUAAAAAAACGAAUGGAUGCUGAGACAGUUGAAGUGACAAAAAUGUCAGUGGAGGAGGGAAAAUCUUUUACUCUACCCACUGGUCUUAAUAAACUACAUAAUGAUGAUGAGAUUCAGUGGUAUUAUCAGGAGGAAAAGAAUUAUAAUCUCAUAGCUAUCAAAGGAAAGAGCAAUGAAAAUUUACAGGAGGGUGCUGAUGGGAGAUUCAGAGGCAUACUGAAUUGGGGUGAGAAUGGAGAUCUCACCAUCACAGACAUCAGAACCAUUCACUCUGGACUCUAUAUACUAAAGACAAAAAACAAAUGCAAGAAAAUCACUGUUUCUGUGGAAGUAAAGAACAUACGAGUGAAGGAGGGAGGUUCUGUCCGUUUCGAGACUACUGCUGAAAUACAGGGUGAUGAUCUGUUGCUGUGGAUGUUUGGAGCUGAAAAGAGUCUUGUUGCUACAAAUGCUACAUGGCCAAUUAAAACUGAUGAGAGAUUCGCAGGAAGAGUGGAGCCGAAGGAGAAUGGAUGUCUGACCAUCAAAAACAUCAGAACUGAAGACAAAGGACAUUAUAAAUUACAGAUCAUUAACAGCAAACAGACCACAUGCAGGAGAUUCAAUGUGACUGAUGUGUCAUCAUGCUGCUGCAAGCAGUCAUGUCUUCCACAAUGUUUGGCUAAUCAGAUGGUUACUGUAGUGACACCACUGUUGAAAGAACAUGAUGGAAAGAAUAAGCCGGAGGAAACAACUUCAGUUUGAGAUAAGACACGCCCACCCGUGUCAAUCACUAUGACAUCUACAACACGUGAGCUCCAUAUACAACAAUACAAACAUAUUUCUAUAUAUCUUGUGAAAGUGAGAACCCCAUUUCUGUUGAGCUGUUAAACUGCAGAGUAAAAAGCUUCUUAGGUUGGUGGCUAAUGAAACUCUUUCAUACACCAAUACACUAAUGCUACACUUCAUUCCUGUAACUCUGUUAACAAAAUACUGGCUUCACUUUCAGAUCUUUGAUAUUGUGUGAUAGUAAACAGUGAGAGUCAGAAAUUUAAUAUAAGAUCUGAGUGUCAUACAACGUGUUAUUGCUUUGAAAAAUGCCAGAAGUGGGCAGUGCGUUGGGCUUCUUGAUUUCAAGAAUCGAGCGCAAUGGUCAAACAUGUCCAUCUAGUGAAUGUUUACAUUGUAAAACUGUUAAAGCAGUAAAGACGAGCUCUGUGAACCAGACUUAGGGGCUUAGAAACUCCUACAGACACUAAACUCACUGAUGAACAAGUAUUUAUAGCUGCAAAAUACAUAUCCAGAUCCUUAAUAAAGGAUGAGGUGAUGACUACAUCCAUCAGGAGUUAGUACUCUAAGAUCUCACAUUUGGCAGUCUUUUGUCCAAGAAUCUGUUUAUCUGUUUUUCUUUUCUGAAUUAAACAGUAGGAAAUCACUAGUCAUUAAGUUGGUAGGUACCAUCUAUGCAGUCCAUUGCUUUGGAGAUUUGUUAGAUUUCAUCAGACCUCAAGGGAAUAUGAAGCUGAGUAUUAUUACUGUAACAAUAAAAAUGAACCAAAUGUCUCCCAGGGAAAACAUACAUUAAGUUAUCUGGUACAUUACAGUGGGAAUGGAUUGGCUUUGAUCACUUAUCUUGUAUAAUGACAGUCUGUUGUCAGACACAUUCCCUCUUACGCUGGUGUGCACCAUGACAGAGGAGACCAUUUGAAGACGUAGAAGGAAAGAGUUCUGCCUGAUCACCUGAGAUUUUCAAAGUAUUUUUGUGAAUGCAUGUAAUCAAAUGUUUUCAUAAACAGUAUGAAGGAGGGGGCAUGAAUGAUCUAAAGAUCAAAUUAGAAUUAGCAGCCUUUUUGUGUUUGUGGCUUUGAAAAAAAAAAAAAAACCCUUAAUUUAUGUUUUAUUUAUCUCUUCUCACUAACACUGCUUUAUAUCUGUAUAUGUAUUAUUACUUUUCCAGUUACAGUUCUGUGCUGUGUUGUCUUUAUUAGUUAAUGAUAAUGGAAAGUCCUUACUUCAAGCUUUUAAUUGUUACAGGACGAUGUUGUAAAGCAGCAAUUUUCCAUUGACUUUGCUACAAUAUAAUAACACUCAUUGAAUUUGUGCUGGUCAGGUGAAAAUCUGACCGAUCAAGCAUAAACAAAGACACUAACUAAUGUCAUUAAAUAAACUGCUAAUUUUACCA